CACCCACUUGAUCCUCUUAAUGUUAUAAUGAUUGGUGAGAUCAGAUUAAUUACUGCAAAACAUGGGAGGUUCUCAGAUGCAGAUGUUGGUCAUGCAACAUCAUUUGGUGAGAAAUUACUACAACUACAACCAUGUCGAGCAUAUGUAUAUGUACUUCUUACAGAUUGUCAUGUGCUUAUGAUAAUUCAUGUUAGCAAAAUUAGUGAUGAUAAAUUUCAGUACAAAUAUACACGACUUGCAAAAUUAGAAUCUGAUGAUGGAAAACCAGCUGAAGGAUGGAAGCAAUUAGUUGUAUUACUGUUGCAAAAGCCAGAGACACUUGGUUGGAUAACAUCAUAUGUGUGCCAUAAAGGAGAAGAAAUCAAAUUAUCAAGGUCAAUUGGUGUAGGAAGAACAUCUGUGGUAUAUAAAGGCAUUUAUAAUGAUAAUGAGGUGGCUGUUAAGGUAUUAAAAGACCCUCAAUUUCUUCAUUGCUUUAAACUGGAAAUUAAUGUGAUGCAAAAAUUAGCUGAACUGAAUUCAAGUGUCCUUCUCAAAUGUCUGAUCACAAAUAUUGAUGACUAUGAUUCUGAUGAUUCUGAUCCAAUUUUUGUUGUCUUGUUUCCACUGUGCAAACAAUAUAAAAACUGGAGAAAGGAAGACAUUCCUCCCAUCAUUGAUACUUUGAAAAAGGUGCAUGAUAUGGGUAUAAUACAUCGUGAUUUUCGAAAAUGGAAUCUAUUAAGAGAUCAAGAUGGUAAUGUUCAUAUAGCAGACUGGGGAUUUGCAGUGGAUGUUAAUGAAUCAACUACUUUUGCUGGAUCUUUGGAGACACUGUCAGAUGAUGCACUACAAAAUAUUAUUGAUGAGGAGGAUAUUACAUAUACUUGUAGUAAUGAGUUAAUCUCAGUGGUUCGUUCUUUUUAUUUAAUGGUUUUUCGACCAUUGAUGAAGCGCCCUCCCUUUGGAGAAAAUAAAAAUGGUAUCAAGGAAAGAGCAAAGGAAAUCAAGGAGUUUUGGAUGAAUAAUGCACAAUCAUCAAUAUGGUUAAAUAUACUAAAAGCAGCUACAGAUACUGACUAUGACAAUUUAAAAAAAUUGCUAAUGGAAUUAUUCUAG